AGUGCUUUCUUGUGAGUGUAUUACUUUUUUCUCUGCAGUUGACCAGGAUGCAGCAUGUGGCAUUUGUGGAAGUUCCUAGUGGCACGGAGAGUUUCCACAUUAGCACCAGAAACCUCCAAGAAUAUUUAGUGCUACUAGACACGUAGUCAUGUUAUUGGGAGUUACUCUAUAACUGUGUGGAAGCAGCUGGAAUCCUCUAGUCCAGGGGUGUCAAACUCAAUUGCACAGGGGGCCAGAGCUCAAAACACACUUUAGGUUGUGGGCCGAACAGGAUAAACAUUUAUUGCCAGGCAUGACAAACCCCUCUGCCCCAUGGAGAAGGCAGCCACCUGAUCCGUUGGGCAGAGAGGGGAUGGUGACGGUGGCCUGUUUGGUGCUGCCAGCUCACCAGGCAUGAAAAACCCCUUUGCCCUGCGAAGAAGGCAACCGCCUGCUCCGUUGGGCAGAGAUAGCAGCAAUGGCAACCUGCCUAGUGCUGCUGGCUCAUGCACUGCGCGAGCCAGCCAGCAGCACCAGGCAUACAAACUCCCUCUGCCCCACGGAGAAGGUAGCUGCCUGCUCCAUUGAGCAGAAGGGGGGCGGCGGCGGCGGCCUGCUUGGUGCUGCCAGCUCCCGUGCUUUGCGAGCCGGCAGCGCCAGGCACUGCAAACCCCCACUGCCUCAUGGAGAAGGCAGAUGCCUGCUCCAUUGGGCGGGGCGUAUGGGCGUAGCGGCGCCGGCAGCCUGCCUAGUGCUGCUGGCUCGCACUGCUCGAGCCAGCAGCACCUGGCAUACAAAACCCCUCUGCCCCACGGAGAAGGCAGCCACCUGCUCCGUUGGACAGAGAGGGGGCGGCGGCCUGCCUGCUGCCGUGCGAGCCAGCAGUGCCAUGCAUGCAAACCCCCACUGCCCCACGGAGAAGGCAGCCACCUACUGCUCCAUUGGGCAGAGAGGAGACCGUGGCAGCGGCAGCCUGCCUAGUGCUGCUGGCUCGCACUGCUCGAGCCAGCAGCACCUGGCAUACGAAACCCCACUGCCCCACGGAGAAGGCAGCCACCUGCUCCGUUGGACAGAGAGGGGGCGGCGGCCUGCCUGCUGCCGUGCGAGCCAGCAGUGCCAUGCAUGCAAACCCCCACUGCCCCACGGAGAAGGUAGCCGCCUGCUCCAUUGGGCAAAGAGGAGACCGUGGCAGCGGCAGCCUGCCUAGUGCUGCUGGCUCGCACUGCUCGAGCCAGCAGCACCAGGCAUACGAAACCCCUCUGCCCCACGGAGAAGGCAGCCACCUACUGCUCCUUUGGGCAGAGAGGUGGUGGCAGUGGUGCCCUGCAAACCUCCUCUGCCGGACAGAGAAGGCAGCCGCCUGCUGCUUCAUGGGAUAGAGGGGGGAUGGCGGCCUCCUCGUUUUCUGCCCCCUCCCCGUGGGCCCCUGCGCAGCAGCCAUCCCCAUGCACCAUCAUUCCUGCAGGAUAAGAUAAGUGGUGAUGCAGGGGGUGCAGGGUGCGACACGGGGACCCGUGGGGGGGCUGAAAAUGUGGAGGCCACCCUGGGUGCAGCUUUGCCCAGCUACGCCUCUGCUUCAGGCCAAUGUCCAGAUGAGGCCAGGAGAUCUCCCAGAAUUACAGCUGAUCUCCAGGCAAGACAGAUACAUUUCCCCAAGG